AUGGAGGUAGUGGUAGCUGAGAGACCUGCAGAGAGAGAAGAAAUGAUGAGGACCACUACUAGGAGUACUACAUUGGAGUUGGAAGUAAGUACUGAACGCAGAAGAGAUACAGAAAAGGAAAUAGUAGUAGUUGAGGGGCCUGGAGAGAGAAGAAGAGAACAACCAGAAUCCAUGAUGGUUGUGAACGAGGUUGGGGACCAGUAG